AUGGUAAAAGUAAAUGGUAAAAUAGUUGGUCGAAAAAUUACUAAAGUUUCCGCUUAUAUUCAACAGCAAAAUUUAUUCAUCAAUUCAUUAACAGUUCACGAACAUCUCAAUUUACAAGCAGCUUUACGUUUACCGUCAUCAUUUACAAAACGUGAAAAAGAAUUGCGUGUAAAACAAGUAAUCGCAGAUUUGGAAUUGGAACGUUGCGUUAAUUCACGUAUUGGUAUAUCAGGUAUCGAAAAAGGUAUCACAAGCGGUGAAGCAAAACGUUUAUCAUUUGCAACAGAAAUUUUAACAAAUCCAUCAUUACUAUUUGCUGAUGAACCAACAACUGGUAUUGAUUCUUUUAUGGCAUAUCAUAUUGUAAAGGUUCUUGAACGAAUGGCAUCUGAAAAUGGUAAAACAAUUAUUUGUACAAUUCAUCAACCAGCAUCUGAUACAUUUGAAAUGUUUGAUCGAGUAGUUCUUCUUGCUAAUGGAAAAAUUGCUUUUCUUGGUUCUCCCUCAGAAGCUUUACGAUUUUAUGCUGAUGUUGAUUAUCCUAUUCCGGCUCAUACUAAUCCGGCUGACUUUUUUAUUCAAACAUUAGCUAUUGUUCCGGGAGAAGAAGAAAAAUGUAUUAAACGUGCCAAUCAAAUCAUUAAUGCGUUUAUGAAAUCUAAAUAUGAAGUAAGAGUGCGUGAAUAUUUGGAAUUUGGGAAUAAAUAUUUUCAAGAGCAACCUAUUGAACGUGGCAAAACAUCCAUUUUAACACUUAUUUAUGCCUUAUUUAUCAGAUCAAUUAAACAAAAUUUACGAAAUCCGGGAUUAUUAUGGGCAAAACUUGUUCAAAAAAUUGUCAUGGGUGUAUUUUUGGGUACAUUAUAUUUACAAACUGAAAUGAAUCAAGACGGUAUUAUAAAUAUUAGAGGAGCAUUAUUCUAUUAUAUCUCCGAGCUAACAUAUUCCACCGUAUUCGGUAUACAAACAUUUUUACCAUCUGAUUUUCCAUUAUUGGUACGAGAAUAUCAUGAUGGCAUAUAUCCUGUUAUAUGCUAUUAUUUAUCAAUGAUAAUGUCAUAUUUGCCAAUUUUUACGAUCGAUGGUAUGUGUAUGGUAUGUAUCAGUUACUAUCUGAUCGGUCUUCAUCCAACAUUUACAACAUUUCUGACCACUUUGCUUACUUGCAUACUAAUUGAAUGGUCUGCUAUUAGUGUUGGUAUUAUGCUAAGUUCGAUUUCUCCAUCAUACGCAAUAGCUUUAUCAAUAACAGGGCCAUUAUUAACUGUACUUUCGAUUACCGGUGGUCUUUACAGUAAUGUAAAAACCAUUCAUGAAUCAAUACGAUGGAUACAGUACUUCAGUUGGUUUCGUUUUGGUUAUGAAUCAUUGAUAAUAAACGAAUUUUCUCAUCAUGACAAUAUUAGUUGUUUAUUGUCGAAUGGGCAGCAGGCAACAAUUUGUGAAGGUAGCGGUAAAUCGGUAAUCGAUAACUUAAAUUUUAAAAUAGAUAAUAUGGAAAUGAAUAUGGGUGUUAUGAUAUUCUAUAUUUUAUGUGUUUUUAUUAUUGGUUAUGUUGGUCUUGUCCUACGUGUACAGCUUGCUCGUUAA